GACGCGCUGUUUGCUAGCGGCGCCAAAGCUAACUCAUGCUAACGCAUGCUAACUCGCGUCGCGAAGCAAGCAAACACAUUGACACAGUUCGUUCCCAAUGAAGGGGGCUUUUGCCGUCGGAUAUUACCUUGCCAGUGGAACAUCAGCCACACGUUGGGGAGGGGGCGUGUGCCCCCCUCCCGAGAGCUAAAAAUACACACUCACCAAAUUAGACCGAGCCGGUGUGGCUAACGUUAGCUAGCACCGGCUAGCACCGGCAGCUGCCACGCUGCGUGACAGUAGCUCCUAGCCUGGGAACAGUUUCCGCAGAGAAAUGGCUGAGGCAGUUGCAAAAGUGGCCCGGAGGAUUAAUGAAACGGUAGAGGAGGGGAAAGAUAGUUUGGAUCUGUCAAACUGCAAGCUCAUCUCUUUCCCAGACGGUGUGUUCAAGGUCCUGAGGAGUGUCUCGGAAAACAUCUGCGUUGUCACGUUGGCUGACAAUGAGCUGAAGGCCAUUUCCAGCAAGUUCUUUUCAACCUUCACUCAGCUGAGAGAGCUUGACCUGCAUGGCAAUGUUCUCACCAAACUGCCUGACGUCGUGGGAGAAAUGCAGCACUUGACCAGCAUCAACCUGGCUAAUAACAGCCUCUCCAUCUUCCCAGAUAAGCUUACAGAGAUAGCCACAUUGGAGACGAUUAACCUGGAGGGAAAUAGCAUCACUGAAAUUCCAGUGGAGAAGUUGUCCAACAUGCCGGCACUGAAGUGGCUAAACUUGAAGUCAAACCCCUUGGACUCAAACACCCAGUCUGCUCUGCAGUCUCCCCACAAAUUUGACAUUUUGUCCACAACAGAAUCUUAAAAGAUGAAUGAUGUUUCACCACAUAGACUGCAUGCUGCGUGCCUUUAACUACUUCGGUUGGAUGCUUUUGUGUGCCUGAGAGACGAAACAAAACAUAAUACUGAAAAUAUCGCAAUGCUGUUCAGAAAGAAGAAAACAGAGGUGUUUAAAGAGGGCACCCUCCUGGCUGGGGUUUUUAAGUGCUGCCCCACCCAGUGUUCACGACUUUGGGCAAAGGGUUGAUACUUGCAAUUAUUUAUUAUUUUGAUAGUAUUAACAAGUUUUCAAUUAAAGUUUAUACAAAGGAAA